GUUCAAUCGCAUAUCCCGCCAACACUAAAGCUACCAGCGACAAGCUCAGUACAUACCUAACCUACAUAUGUAGUAAGUAGUAAGACUUCAUUCAGUAUUGAGUCUCUCACUCACUCAUUCAAUCCCUCACAUAUAGGUUCAGUGCCUACGUAUCUACCUAUUAUUACCCAUCUUUCACAAAUGGAAUUGUAAAAAAAAAUAGUCCGGUGAUUUUCCAACGUAUUCAUCAAUACCUACUGUUCUUUUCUACACCCUCACCCCUAGCCUUACUCACGAUCAAAGAUGGCGACUCAUACUGCUAUGGCCCAAGGCAGCAAUGCCUCAAUGCGAAGCUCUUUUGAGCAACGUAUCGGUAUCCUCAAUUAUGUGUCAGAGAAAGAGCAUGGCUGGCACGGCCAGAUUCGCACAAGAUUUACCGAUUUCCAGGUUCAUGAGAUCAGCAAGGAUGGCGAGGUCAUCCAUCUACACGAUUUCCAGACGAAUGCAAGGGAAUUGGCAAAGGCUGGAACGUCCCGCCAGUCGACAGCAAUGCCACAGGCUUCCCAGGCAUCUCCAACAGACAAUGGCAAAACUGCAGCCGAGGAUGUUAGCACCGUCUCGGAGACUCCCAAGGAGCCCCAGCCAGAUAACGUAGAACAGAAGAAAAAUGAAGACACAUCCACUAUCAUAUCUCUAUCCGACCGUACAAUCCUAACAGAAAUUCUCGGCCAAGGCACUGCAGAGGAACUGAUCAACUUGCAUGAGAAAUCUAGUCAGAAUAAGGGGGUGCGGCCUAAGAACUCUGACUUUGUAAAGAUUGCUGCCAUAACCGACAAAGCGCAGAGAUCCCGAGUUCAUACGGAAGUUCGUCGAAUUUUUGGAGGUAAACUCGACACUGCCACUGAGUCCGAUGGCUCUAUCAAGGCAACAGUUGUCAGUAGAGGUAAUUUGCAAUGGGGCAAUCGUUCCAGAAACGAUAGAUCCAGGAACAAUGGGCAAGAUCCUGGACAAGCCAACGAGGGUAAAUUCUUACACUUCACCCUUUACAAAGAGAAUCGAGAUACCAUGGAAGCAAUCAAUCAGAUAGGCCGUGUUCUCAAUCUCAAGCCUUCCUUCUUCGGUACUGCUGGUACCAAAGAUCGCCGUGCUGUGACAACCCAGCGGGUCAGUAUGCGGAGACGAAACCCGCAGACUCUGAUAUCCAUCAACAAUGAGCGAGUAUUUGGUGUGAAAAUUGGAGAUUUCAAGUUCGAGCACUACCCGAUUCAUCUAGGACAACAUAAGGGAAACGAGUUCGUCAUAGUUGCCAAAAAUUGUUACUUUAGCGGAACCAAGGACCUGGCAUUCGAGCAAAAGCUCAACAUUGCAAAGACAACGAUAGACUCUGCAUUGGCACAAGUUAAGGAAAAUGGGUUCAUCAACUAUUAUGGCACUCAAAGAUUUGGUACACACCAAAUCGGAACUCAGGAGAUCGGUAUGAAGAUUCUUAAGCAAGAUUUUGAGGGUGCCGUACGAGCUUUGCUAUCCUUCGAUCCUCAGUUACUCGAGACUUCUGAACCAGAUUCUAUGGCAUCAAUGCGCCGCGAGGAUGCUGCCCGCGCGCUCGCCUGUUCGAUCUUUUCGAAUACAGGAGAUGCUCAAGAAGCCCUCAAAAUUCUACCCAGAAGGUGUCAUGUCGAGUCAGCCUUAAUGCGCCAGCUAGGUAAACAUCCCAAAGAUUUUCUCGGGGCUCUUCUUUCUAUUAACCGCGGGAUGCGCUCGAUGUAUGUCCACGCAUACCAGUCGCUGGUGUGGAACUUUGCCGCAAGCAAACGCUGGGAGCGUUUCGGUCCUUGUGUAGUCAAGGGAGACUUAAUCUUCGUCGAAUCCGAAGCCUCUGUCUCGCAAAAUGCUCACCAGAAUGGAAACGAUGACGAGGAGAUGAUUCACCUUGUAGAUGGAGGUUCCAUCAACGAAGAGACACACGGGCUGAAGGUGCAUGCUCUAACGGAGCAAGAGGCUGCGAGCGGGAAAUAUUCAAUUUUUGACAUCGUUUUGCCUUCUCCUGGCUGGGAUGUCAUGUACCCAGAUAAUGAGAUUGGUCAAUUCUAUAAUGAGUUUAUGGCCAAGGAAGAAAACGGUGGACUUGACCCUCAAGACAUGCUGCGCCAACAGAGAGAUUUCAGUCUUCCGGGAUCUUACCGCAAGUUAAUGGGGAAGUUCAUCGACACUCCUAGCGCUUCUGUUCAGGCCUACUCAAAUGAUAUGGAGCAACUAGUGCCCACUGAUUUGGACAUAAUACGAUCUCGCAAAGUCAAGGAGGAGGGAGAACGCGCAGCCGCCCGACGAGAGAUGAAGACUUCCUCGUCAGCUUGGCAGAAUUUUGUCGAUAACGUACAGGAGAUCGAUCUUCAGACGACGAAUGAGAAAAGGAAAGCUGAAGACUCCUCCCACGUUCCAGAGAGUCGAGUGGAAGACACGUGGGUGCAGACUUCGGUUGACGAGAAUAACAAACGAGUCAAAGUUUCUGUGCAGCAUGAUACUUUCAGUGCCGGUAUGCAGAAAGAAAACAAUGCCUCCACAACUGCCGGGGAUGAGAUGCAAGUAGACGUGGAUGCAGCGGAUCAAGUAGACAAAGUCGAGGUGCCGCAAACGAUGAAUCCGGAUAAUGGAGAUUCUGUUCACUCAGUUGUGCCUGAAUCUGGACCAGAAGGCCAUGCAUCAAAUGCCGUCAUAGCAGUCCCUGUGGAAGAAGCAGCCCAGCCCAUCGAGAAGAAAAUUGCAGUGAUCCUUCGAUUUGCGCUGAACACGAGUCAGUAUGCAACUAUAGUUCUUAGAGAACUUCAAGGAGUGGUUCCUACGAGCGAGGAUGCGGUCAGCCUACCAAGUUCAUCAGCCCCUCUGAGCGAGGGUGCUAUCGACAUCUUGUGACGAACGCAUUGUAUCUAUAAACUGCGAUAGCACGAAUGAGUUGAGGUCCCCGAUAUUUGGUGAAGAGAGGGCUUGCAGUAUCGUGUCGUUAUAAACUAGAUACCCAUUGUUGAUGAACUAAGUAACGCACGGAGUUGAGACCUAAUAUGGUACCUAUGCCAGUGUGUAUGUGACUAUUUUGCGUGAUUCUAGGCUGUAGAUUCGAGGUUCGAG